CCCAGGGAAAAAAAAAAAAAGGGAGAAGAUUCAGUCAACGGUCCAAAAAUCAAACCAUUCAUUUCAUCUGAUAAUUGUUUGACGGGAACACAAGACAUCUCGAUUACGGUUUCUGGUUCUAGGGUUUUCAAAUGAAACAGAAGGUGGGUUUAGGGUUUUUUGUACUGCUCUCCGUUUUCUGUGCAGUUGAUUCACAGUGCAGUCGCGGCUGUCAUCUUGCUCUGGGCUCAUACUAUGUCUGGCAAGGUUCCAACCUCACUUUUAUCUCUGGGCUAUUCCAAACAACGAUUUCUGAAAUUCUCAGCUACAACUCACAAAUCGCUAAUCAAGAUAGUGUUGAAGCCGAUACCAGAAUCCGCGUGCCUUACUCCUCAUGUGAUUGCAUCAAUGGAGAAUUUCUGGGCAAAGUGUUCAACUACACGGUGCAGUCCGGUGAUACGUACGAUCUUGUUGCGGAGACAUACUAUUCAAAUCUGACCACUUCGGCGUGGUUGCAGAACUUCAAUAGCUAUGACGCCAAUCGAAUUCCUGAUACGGAUGCUUAUCUGAAUGUGACUUUAAAUUGUUCUUGUGGCAAUAGCACCGUUUCCAAGGAUUAUGGGUUGUUCUUGUCCUACCCGCUUCGCCCAGAGGAUAAUUUGACUUCGGUUGCAGAGUCAGAGGGUUUGAAUGCUUCCUUGUUGCAGAGUUACAAUCCGGAUUCGAAUUUUAGUGCUGGGAGUGGGCUUGUUUACAUUCCUACUAAAGAUACCAGUGGAAGCUAUCGGGCCCUGAAAUCCAGGAUAGCAGGUGGUGUGAUUGCUGGCAUAUCUAUAGCAGCAGUAGUAGGAGUGCUGUUAUUGACAGUUUGUAUAUAUAUUGGAUUUUACAGAAAGAGGAAGAUGAAGGAAGCAGCAUUGCUUCCAACUGAAGAACAGUCUCUUCAACCUGGUCAUGGUCCUGGAAUUGCUUCAGAUAAAGCUGUAGAAUCAACAGGUCCUGCUUUUGGUUCUUCUGCAGGUCUUACAGGCAUUACUGUGGACAAAUCAGUGGAGUUCUCAUAUGAAGAACUUGCUAAGGCUACUGAUAAUUUUAAUUUGGCUAAUAAGAUUGGUCAAGGUGGCUUUGGAUCUGUUUACUAUGCAGAGCUGAGGGGCGAGAAAGCUGCAAUCAAGAAGAUGGAUAUGCAAGCAUCAAGAGAAUUUCUUGCUGAAUUAAAAGUUUUGACACAUGUGCAUCACCUAAAUUUGGUGCGCUUGAUUGGAUAUUGUGUUGAGGGUUCUCUUUUUCUAGUCUAUGAAUACAUUGAGAAUGGCAACUUAAGCCAACAUUUGCGUGGCUCAGGAAGGGACCCAUUGCAAUGGUCUAGUAGGGUUCAAAUUGCCCUUGAUUCAGCAAGAGGUCUUGAAUAUAUUCAUGAGCAUACUGUUCCUGUGUAUAUCCAUCGUGAUAUUAAGUCAGCAAAUAUACUGAUAGAUAAGAAUUUCCAUGGAAAGGUUGCAGAUUUUGGACUAACAAAAUUGACUGAAGUUGGGAGUUCAUCACUACCCACACGUCUUGUGGGUACAUUUGGAUACAUGCCACCAGAAUACGCUCAAUAUGGUGACGUCUCUCCCAAAGUAGAUGUAUAUGCUUUUGGGGUUGUCCUUUAUGAACUUAUUUCUGCCAAGGAAGCUGUGGUCAAGGAAAAUGGUUCUGUUGCUGAAUCAAAGGGCCUUGUGGCUUUGUUCGAGGAUGUGCUAAAUAAGCCAGAUCCACGAGAGGACCUUCGCAAACUAGUUGACCCUAGGCUUGAAGAUAACUACCCACUCGACUCUGUGCGCAAGAUGGCCCAACUUGCCAAAGCAUGCACCCAGGAAAAUCCUCAGCUAAGACCAAGCAUGAGAACCAUCGUGGUUGCCCUAAUGACUCUUUCAUCCUCAACAGAGGACUGGGAUGUUGGUUCCUUCUACGACAACCAAGCCCUCGUCAAUCUAAUGUCUGGAAGGUAGAAACUGAAUAUCCACAAUACUUCACCAUUUUUCCUUCUGAAACACUCAAAUUAAGCUGUUCCAGAUCAUCAUUGUAAAUGUGUAUAGUCGAGAAUUAAGGGCGGACCAUGUAAAUUUAUUUAUUGAUCGAUGAACAAAUCAGUGAAAGCCAUGGAAGGAUAUUGUAUGCCUACAAUACCCUAGUAGAAUAAUAUUCAGCUUUUUCAUGUUAAAGCAGAAGCCAUAGAACAGAAGAGAAGUCUGUAAUUCCUUGUAUUUGUUUCAUGGUGAGACCACCAUUGGUGUGAAAGAAUAAUAUCAUGAUUUUCCAAGUCAUGGACUGUUUGGAUGA